UAAGCAAGUGAUGCUGUGACAUUAAAAGCAAGCAUUGAGGGAGAGGGAAAGCACCGCUGUUAGUAGUAGUAGCUUUCUCUCACAAAAGCUCGUCCAGAGAGCUGUGCUUUCCUGCGUUUUUCAGCCAGCCAAGAACCGAGCUCAGGCUUAGAGAGAGGAGAGAGAGAGAGAAAGAUGGGAAGAGAGAUCAAGAGAACGGUGGUGGAAAUUGAAGAAGAGAAGAUGCUAAAUGGGUACUCAUCUGAAGCAACGAUGCCGCUGAUGUCGCUGAACCAUGUUUCCUUCCUUUGUAAAUCUGUCAAGAAGUCUGUGAAAUUCUACGAGGAGGUGCUGGGCUUUGUGCUUAUCAAGCGGCCUUCUUCCUUCAAGUUUGAAGGAGCUUGGUUGUUCAACUAUGGAAUUGGCAUCCACUUGCUUGAGUGCAGCUCCCCAAAUGAUAAACGAGAGAAGAAAGCAGUAAUCAAUCCAAAGGACAACCACAUUUCCUUCCAGUGUACAGACAUGAAACUGGUAAUGAGGAAAUUGGAGGUGAUGAACAUCGACUAUGUCACGGCAGUGGUGGAGGAAGGUGGGCUUAAGGUGGACCAGCUCUUCUUCCAUGACCCAGAUGGAUAUAUGAUUGAAAUCUGCAACUGCGAUAAUCUCCCUGUUCUUCCACUUUCUUCAUGCCCUCUCAAGCCCUCUUACCCAAUCGAAAAGAACCACACGGCUCCUCUUCCUGGGAAGGGAAUGCAGAAGUUACGGUGCGCUGAUGAAUGUGCCUUGAUGAUGGACAAGUUUUUUGACCUCUCUUUCUGAUAGAUCUGUGAGAGAAACCUCUUCUCUGAGAAAUGGUUCAACUUCAAUGCGCAUGAACACAGAGGUUGCAGAGAGAGCUGAUGACAACAGUUGGGACAUGUUCUAAAUUCCAGAAAAGUCUAUUAGGAUAAAUAGUUUCUAUUUUGUUUGUUUUUUUCCUCAGGAUUUUGUGUACAGUGUAUCUAAAUAUAGGGAAGGGAGUUUGAGAUUGAUUUUGUUCGUCCGCUUAGCUUGCGCUGGUUUGAGAGCUUUUGUUUGUUGUAUGUAAUAGUCUCCAUUGUAUAAUCAAAUAUAAUAAAGAGCCAGUUUCUGUCUCA